GUGCGCGGGCUGGGUGCUUUGUGGGAGGCCCCGGAAGACCGGCUGAUUCUCCCUUCGGGGUCGGAAGUUCAAACGUUUGCCCACGAACUUUUUCCGGGCUCCUGGGUGCCGGUCUCGGUGCCAGACCCUGGGGGCACAGCCCGGUGCGGUCCCCGCAGGUGACCGAGACGGGCACGGCCUCUGCUGUCGUGGAGUUCAGUGUCACGGGCCACCCUAGAGGGGAGGGUGCGGGAAGGUUAGGGUCAGUGGAGGAGGCGUGGACGAGGCUUCCCUGUCUGUUAUUUCGCAUGAAUUGUGCCUAAAAUGUACUUUCAAGUGGGAAAGGUGUUCAGAAGAGUCGAGCCGAAACCCAUGUGCUCGGGAUUUAACUGAUCGUUCUCUCCUCUCUCUGGCUGUCGGCCGCGCACCAUUCCGGAGAAUGCGGGAGGUGACCGCGGUCCUGGCCUGUUACCCGCAUUUGCAUGAACCGAGAACCUCACCCUUUGCUUCCUAGCACCCGGCCGCACCCAGCAAAGCCCUCACUUAUUCUGCAAUUCUUCAUUUUUAGAGUGCUUAAAAGUAACAGGUGGUGUUUGUUUUCACAAAGUGCAUUCCAGGGUCUGCCCUCAAGAUCUUUAGGGCUGGGAUGGGGCCCAGGAAUCUGAAUGUGAAACCUGCAAGCUAGGUCUCUGCUGUCCAGUACCAUAACCACUGGCCACAUGGAGCUGUUGAGCACUUGAAGGAUAAUUGACCCAAGCUCAGAAGUUAAAAUGCAAAUCGGGCUUCAAAGACUUGGGAAAGAACAUAAAGUGUUUAAGUAAUAGUCCUAUAACGAUUACUUGUUGGAAAGAGAAUAUCUUGGAUAUAGUUUGUUAAUUUUAUUAAAAAUAAGAUUUUGCCUGAGUUUUAUUUUUUGCAACGUGGCCACUGGAAAAUUUUGAUAUGCUUGUGGCUCGCAUUCUUCUGUUGGGCAGCUCUGUUCCAGGUGACCCUAACCCGGACAAGACAGGGACACCUGGGGGAGCAUUCAGAAAUCAUGUGUCAUUGGAAACAGUGUAUGUGGGAAAAGAGCCUCCAAAAGUGGAGAAACAACCCUUCUUAAAAGAGUAGCUAUCAUUUAUUGAGCUUUAACUGGGCACUGAGUCUCUUUGGUGGGUUAAUUCCAUGAGUGCCCUUGAUGGUAAGGUGGGAACUGUAAUUGUCACCCUAUUCCAGAUGAGAAGUUGAGGCUCAGAAAGUUUCAGUGCUUGUCCAAGGUCACACAGCAAAAUCCUGAAUCAAACCUGGGCUCUGUGCUCCUCCUGCUGAAUUCUCCUGGUUGUCCACCUUAUUGAGUGCUGCCGCCUAUAGUAGUGUGUUGCAAGUGGCUUUAUAGCCCUGGGAAGGAGCAGCAAGGUGGUGAUCUGCUCUCCUCCACUUGUUUGACUGUCCAGAGCCAGGUGCUCUUCUUUCUUGGAUCUGACACUUUUCCAUGCAGCAAAAUGGCAGCAUUCUACACGUUCGGAAACGGGACCUGGAUGCCAUGCCUGGUCUGGGUCGCCUGCGGGCCUUUGGAGGCUGCUCUUUGGCGUAAAUUGCAAUCGAUUAGGGAUCGUUUCUCAGAAUCGAGUUAGCAGUGAGAGUUCAGAUCAGUGAGGCCGCCAUUGCUGCUUUGAACACUUCAGAAGGGGAGAAUGGAUUUAUCAGGAGUGAAAAAGAAGAGCUUGCUAGGAGUCAAAGAAAAUAAUAAAAAGUCCAGCACUAGGGCUCCUUCUCCUUCCAAACGCAAAGAACGCUCUGACGAGAAGUCCAAGGACCGCUCUAAAGACAAGGGGGCCACCAAGGACGAGAAGGAUCGUGGCAGGGAUAAAACCAGGAAGAGGCGCAGCGCCUCCAGCGGCAGCAGCAGCACCAGGUCUCGCUCCAGCUCUACCUCCAGCUCCGGCUCCAGUACCAGCACGGGCUCAAGCAGUGGUUCCAGCUCCUCUUCGGCCUCUAGCCGCUCGGGAAGUUCCAGCACAUCCCGCAGCUCCAGCUCCAGCAGCUCCUCGGGCUCUCCAAGUCCUUCUCGGCGCAGACACGACAAUAGGCGGCGUUCCCGCUCCAAAUCCAAACCACCCAAAAGAGAUGAAAAGGAAAGGAAAAGGCGGAGUCCUUCCCCAAAACCCACCAAAGUACACAUUGGCAGGCUCACCCGGAAUGUGACCAAGGAUCACAUCAUGGAGAUAUUUUCCACCUAUGGGAAAAUUAAAAUGAUUGACAUGCCUGUGGAAAGGAUGCACCCCCAUCUUUCCAAAGGCUACGCGUAUGUUGAGUUUGAGAACCCGGAUGAAGCCGAGAAGGCGCUGAAACACAUGGACGGAGGACAAAUAGAUGGCCAGGAGAUCACUGCCACAGCCGUGCUGGCCCCCUGGCCUCGGCCACCCCCCCGGCGUUUCAGCCCUCCCAGGAGAAUGCUGCCACCACCGCCCAUGUGGCGCAGGUCCCCCCCACGGAUGAGGAGAAGGUCCCGCUCUCCCAGGCGCAGGUCUCCCGUGCGCCGGCGCUCCCGGUCCCCUGGCCGCCGCCGCCACCGAAGCCGCUCCAGCUCCAACUCCUCCCGCUAAAGCAGCGGCAGAAGCCCCACGCCCCCAGAACUUAGUGCUCCCGUCCGACUACAUUUUGUCACUUUUCUAGUCAAGGGAGGUAGGCAGGAAAGGAAAUCCUUAACUCGGGGGGCUUCGAAGGCUGGGUGUGGCCCACGGGGGUGUUGGUUUGGGGUGAGGCCCUCCAGGGGUUCUGGCUGGAAAGUGCACCAGCUUUCUGGAGAGUUAGUUUAGAGGCAGGGCCAAGGGGGGUGGCAAGUGAAGCUGCACGGUGGCCAUGCUGCCCCUGCUGGGGCCCAUUUCUCCUCUCCCUAAAGGACCUGGAAGCACCUGGUGGCCUGGCCGUGCCCCUUGUGGCCCCUGGGGGGCACAGGUGAGCGUCUUUGCAGCUGCCCUUCCUGUUGGCCCGUCCCGAGCCCCCCUGCUCCGAGUCUUCUUCCAACCCCUAGGGUCAGAGCACCCCAAGAAGAGUCCCCGUUGCCCUGCAUUUGUUGGUGUGAAUGGUUUUUUAUUUGUGCCCUUGCACCCACCCCAUACCUCCCUCUCUGAAAUUGGCGGGCAACUUGAGUGCUACUCAGCAGGGUCACCACGGAGCCACCACUGCAGCCAUCGACGUUGCAAAGUGUAUAUUGCUUAUUUGGCUUUUAUUGUACAGUCAGUACUAUAAAGUUCCUGUUUUCAGUUUUGUAACUUUGUAGCAUUUUAGAUAAUGUUGUGUUUGUACUUUGUUAUGUAGAAAGAAUGGAUUGUACUGAAUAAACCUAGUGUUGAAAAGCAG